GUAACCCCCUCCCAGCUGACUGACGCUGCGGCUGGGUCACUGUGCCCCCCGUGAUGCAUGCCCGGGCUAUACCUUACUCAUGGGGGCAGAAUCUCCGCAAUGCUGCCCUUGGCAUAGCAAGGGGCAAGAAUUUCUUGGGGAGUAGCUUUGCAUACAGCUUCUUCCAAUGGCUGAAGGAUUGCCUAUACCUCUUGCUCUGUUGCUGGUGCAUCAAGGAGGUCCUGGACUGA